AACAGUCCCCUGCUUUCCCCGACGCCUAUCGCACUUUGCCAGGCCCGUCGCUUCCGGUUUCCACCCUGAAGCCGGGUAUGCGCAAUCACUCACUCUCGCUCAUUCGAGCCUGCUCUCUAGGUCGAGCACCCCUCUUCCUUUUCUAUUCCUCCGUCCCCCUCGCAUUUGUCGUUCAGAUCUCGUGCUCCUCUCUCUGUCUCCCUCUCUUAGUGGGAGCCCCCGACUCGUCCUGAGGGAGAGGUUGAUUGCACACGUUGUGGGAAGCGAAAGCGGAGGAGGAGAAAGGGGGGCGAAGACUGAGGGAGAGGAGACACAAGGCCAAAGCCAGGGAAGGUGGUAGCUUGUGCCCAGCAGCGGCGGAUUUCGGCGACAAUGCCGGCUGUUUCGGCCCACGAUCUGUCUUCGUUCGACAACUCGGAGAAGGAGAGCGACUAUGGAUACAUCCGGAAGGUCUCUGGGCCCGUCGUCGUGGCCGACAACAUGGGCGGCGCGGCCAUGUACGAGCUUGUCCGUGUCGGCUCCGAUCGAUUGAUUGGCGAAAUCAUUCGUCUGGAGGGGGACUCGGCGACGAUCCAGGUGUACGAGGAGACGGCGGGUUUGACCGUCCGCGACCCGGUCUUGCGAACUCGCAAGCCGUUGUCUGUGGAACUAGGUCCGGGAAUUCUUGGCAACAUUUUUGAUGGAAUUCAGCGCCCUCUGAAAGCCAUCGCCAAGCAGUCGGGGACGGUGUAUAUUCCUCGCGGAGUGGAUGUGCCAGCUCUGGACAAGACUCACGCUUGGGAGUUUCGCCCGGUGAAUUGCGCCAUGGGAGACUCGGUCACCGGCGGCGACAUCUAUGGAUCCGUGUACGAAAACAGUCUGCUCGAGCAUAGGAUCAUGCUUCCUCCCGGGGCGAUGGGCAAAGUGACGUAUAUCGCCGACCCUGGGCAGUACACGCUGCAGGAGCCUGUCAUCGAGCUGGAGUUCCAGGGCGUAAAGAAGGAGUACACGAUGCUUCAGAUGUGGCCCGUGCGAACGCCACGUCCUUCCGCUCAGAAGCUGAUCGCUGACACGCCUUUGCUCACGGGACAACGAAUUCUCGAUGCUCUCUUCCCGUCCGUUCUGGGUGGCACCUGCUCCAUUCCAGGUGCGUUCGGUUGUGGGAAGACUGUUAUUAGCCAGGCGUUGUCCAAAUACUCGAACAGCGAUGGCGUCAUGUACGUGGGAUGCGGAGAGAGAGGGAACGAGAUGGCUGAAGUGCUGAUGGAUUUCCCCAAGCUGACGAUGACACUUCCGGACGGCCGCGAGGAGUCCGUUAUGAAGCGAACCACCCUCGUUGCCAAUACCUCCAACAUGCCAGUGGCUGCUCGUGAGGCUUCCAUCUACACGGGUAUCACUCUCGCCGAGUACUUCCGCGACAUGGGCUACAACAUCAGUAUGAUGGCGGAUUCCACGUCUCGUUGGGCCGAAGCCCUUCGAGAAAUUUCCGGUCGCUUGGCAGAAAUGCCCGCAGAUAGUGGUUAUCCGGCGUACCUCGCGGCCAGGCUUGCGUCUUUCUACGAGCGCGCGGGCAAGGUGAAGUGUCUGGGCAGUCCCUCGCGUACGGGCAGUGUCACCAUUGUCGGUGCCGUCUCCCCUCCCGGUGGAGAUUUCUCAGACCCAGUCACUGCCGCCACCCUCAGCAUCGUGCAAGUCUUCUGGGGUCUGGACAAGAAGCUCGCCCAGCGCAAGCAUUUUCCCUCCGUCAACUGGCUCAUCUCCUACUCCAAGUACUCCAAGGCCCUGGAGCCAUUUUACGAGAACUUCGACGCCGACUUCAUCGCCAUUCGUACGAAGGCUCGCGAGGUGCUUCAGCGCGAGGACGACCUGAUGGAAAUCGUUCAGCUGGUCGGUAAGGACGCGCUGGCGGAGACGGACAAGAUCACGCUCGAGACGGCGAAACUCCUCCGCGAAGACUUCCUCGCGCAGAACGCUUUCACUCCGUACGACAAGUUCUGCCCCUUCUAUAAGUCGGUGUGGAUGCUGCGCAACAUUUGCCAGUUCCAUACUCUGGCGAUUCAAGCGGUAGAGCGCGCGGCGGGCUCCGACGGGCAGAAGGUUUCCUACAACAUCAUCAGGCAGCGCCUCAACGAUAUCAUCUAUCGUUUGGUCACGCAGAAAUUCGAAGACCCUGCGGAGGGCGAGGCGGUGCUGGUAGAGAAGUACAAGAAGUUGUUCGACGACAUGACCACCAGCUUCCGGAACCUCGAGGACGAAUUCCGAUGAAGAACGCUCAUGCUCAUGCUCAUGCUCAGGUCUGCCUCCUCCUCACUCUGCAUCUCGUUCGCCGUUAUUACCCUCUCUCUCUCCUCUUGUUACUUCUCUUUGCCGCGUUCGUGGUGAUGUUAUGCUCGUGUAUUCUCUCUCUCUCUCUCUGGUUGUCGUGUCUCUGGCUCCUUGCGAGACGGAUUCUCCGCAGUUUGCAAGAAGCGAUCGAACAGCACGAGAGAGGAAGAGAGCAGGAGAGGGAGGAGGAGGGGGGAGAGGAAGGUAUGUUGUCCGCUUACUGUAUGAUGAUGUGCUCGAGUCGAGGCACCGAUGCUGAAGAAGAGGGACCGGAGGGGAAGGGAAGGGAAGGCCCAUGGUGGUGGUACGGAGACCGUGGGCCUCGACGAAGUAUUAGAUGGGUAGUCGGGCUCUUUUGGGGUUGGGAUGUUUUGGAUGUUGUGCUUCUCUCGGUAGCAAGCAGCUACGUGGAGGCCGGUGAGGGGAGAAGGGAGGAGUGCGAGGGGCUGUGGUUCACUCGUAAGAAGGGAGGAGUGCAAGGGACUGGGGUGGGGUUCACUCGUUUUUUAAUGGCGGUGGGGAACGAGAAGUAAAAAGCCGAUGCCGAUGAUGUUGGCCUUGCCGGCGGCGAAAUGGCAGUGUGACGACGACGGUUGAAAAUUUGGUUGAUUGACAUUUCCUUCUUGAGCUGGUGGGCGGUGUUGUUCCUGCCUUAGUUUGUACCUUGGUUCGUUCUUUUGACCGAGUGGUUUAUGAGUGAGUGGAAGGGUUGGCUACCUUGGUUUGGUCUUUUGAGCGAGUGGUUUAUGAGUGAGUGGAAGAGUUGGCCAUCUGGAAUGUCGAUGCUCCGUGUGUUGUUCCUGCAGGAAAUUGGUUUCCCGGUUCGUUGUCGAUGUUUGCCAGGGAUUAGGAGGGAAGGAAUGCGCGCCAGUUUAGGGUAGUAAAUCGUGCUGCUGGAUCGAGGUGAUGAUGUUGUAGUGGUAGUGGUAGUAGUAGUAGUAGUAGUAGUAGAGAUGCCGAACGAAGCAGCGGGGAUGGCAAUGGAAUUAGAGGGAAGGAUUUUGAGAGUUGAGUUGUUUCACGUGCGUGUUCUCCCUUGGCUUAACCUAAAAUGGUUAUGGAGGUGAUGACGCGGGUUGAACCGCGGGUCUGCUGAUAGCAGUCCCGCGUGUUCUUUUCUGCCAACGCUCAUUUGUUCCUGUUCAGGGCGCCCAGGGAACAACCCUAGAGUGUUUUCUCCUUAGAGUUUGUGUUCUUUCUCGCCAAUUUUUUAUUGUUAAAAUGUAAUAAAGAAUGAGUGGUGGUUAUACGUACUACUAUACAACCAAUCUCCUCUAUCUGAUUCCAGGAAUGGAACGAACGAACAAUGACCGUCAUUGAUGACGACACGUGGCGGCCAUCAAUGAUGACGACACGUGGUGGCCAUCAAUGAUGACGACACGUGGCUGAAUGAUUAAGAUUGAGCGAUUGUUCGAUUGUGAAUGUCGACGGUUGAUGAAUUGCUUUGGAAAAUGUCUUUGACAUGGUGGUGAUGACGAUAACGGUUAUGAUGAUGACGAUGAUGAUGACGAUGAUGAGAUGAUGAUGGUAUUGGAACAUCUCGGAAAUGUCUUUGACAUGACAAUGAUGAAGAUGACGGUUACGAUGAUGAUGAUGAUGAUGAUGAUGAUGAUAUUGGGACAACAUCUAGGACAUAUUUGUUAAUGACUCCGAACAGUCAACAGGAAGGCGCGUCGUCGACGGUCCUCUCAAUCACGAUUGCGGUCUGUAAUGACAAUGCACGGUGUCUUUGAAGGUGUGUAGUAAUGUAUUUGAGUGUCCAGUAAUGAUGGCGCUAAACAUGGUGCUGUACCGUGUAUAAGUGAUGGUUAAUUAUGGACGAUGGUGCUUGAGUUGUUUUAAAAUUUGACAAAAUGCAAUGGCAGCACAAGGACAGAUGCAGUAAGUGAAGAUUUCGGUGAAUGGUUUCAGUUCUCAUUGGUCGAAAUUUA